GUUGUUUAUUAUUAUCGCGUCGUUCGUUGCGCGCUGUGGUUUAUUUUUUAAAAUAGUGCACUUCCUUGUGCGUCUCCGCAGUCCUAGAUUCUUUGCCUACCCCAUAAAAACCAAUUGUUUCCUUGCGUAACCGAAGAAUAAUUUCAACUUUAAUUUAACAACGGGACGGAAAGCAAUUAACAAAGACACGCAAGUGCAUGCACACACUGCACCGCUAUUAUGCAAAGUGAGGCAUUGCAGCUGGCCUAAAAUUGCAACAAAAGAAAAUAAGGUGAAAAAAAACCAAUGCAAAAAGUGCCUUGCCAGAACGAAAAAUCCCUUGUAAAUCAGCUUCAGCUGUGACUGUGAUCUUUGUUUUCGGUUCUCCAUAGUGCGGGUGGCAAAGUGGGCGGGAUGGGGGGCGGUGGGUUGCUGGACAUCUACGCCAUGGCCUGGGAGCACCUGAGACCCGGAAGUUCACCCGUCGAUUGGUGCGAGGGCAACUACUUGAUUUCAUCCAAUAUCGCAGAGUUCGUGAACACGUUCAGCAAUAUUUUGUUCAUCCUCCUCCCGCCCGUGCUUAUAAUGCUGUUCAAGGAAUACGGACGCUUUGUAACACCUGGAAUACAUGUGAUCUGGGUGUUGCUCAUUGUUGUUGGCCUAAGUUCGAUGUAUUUCCAUGCCACUCUGAGCUUAAUUGGCCAACUCCUCGAUGAACUGGCCAUUCUGUGGGUCUUUAUGGCGGCCUUUUCUUUAUUCUAUCCAAAGCGCUAUUAUCCCAAGUUUGUGAAAAACGAUCGCAAAACCUUCAGUUGUCUCAUGUUAAUGUCGGCGAUAGCCGCAACAGGCUUGUCGUGGUGGAAGCCCAUUGUUAAUGCCUUUGUUCUCAUGUUCAUGAGUAUUCCGACCAUGGUAAUGCUCUACACGGAACUACAGAGAGUUAGAGACCAGAGGGUUUACCGCCUCGGAAUCCGAUCGACGACAGUCUGGGCCGUGGCUGUUUUCUGCUGGAUUAAUGACCGGGUUUUCUGCGAGGCCUGGUCGGCGAUCAAUUUUCCGUACCUGCACGGCUUCUGGCACAUUUUCAUCUUCAUAGCCGCUUACACAGUGCUGGUGCUGUUUGCCUAUUUCUACGUGGAAUCGGAACUGCCCCAGCGACAGCCGCUUCUCAAGUACUGGCCGAAGAACGAGUUCGAAUUCGGGAUACCCUUCAUAUCGAUCAGGAAUCCAGAUUCAAAAGAUUGGCUAGUCUACUGCAGCCUGUACGUCCAGGACUACGACUACAAGCACGGAAAGAACUAAAGCAAGAUUUCGGAUAGAAAGGUUCCCCGAGUGGGGAGCCUUCUCCAAACAAAGACAAAACACAGCGUGAUAUAAGUUAGUGUUGCAGAAGGAGGAACACCUAAAUUAAAUAUACAACACACCCGAUUAAAAUGUAGCUUAUCUAUACUAUAUUUAAUAUAUAGCUGCCAUAUCUAGAGCGUUACGUUAGAAAAUAUGCUUUACCCAGUUUAAUAAAUGUCAACAAAUGUACUGCGUUAA